AUGGCUUGCGUCCAACCCGCCUGUCUGGGGGCUGCGUGUGGGCCAACCCUAGGGGGGUGGGCCCAGCGUGACGCUGUUGGCGGAGCAGGGCGAACCGUCCCGGCAGAAGCACUCAGACCGCGCAAUGCGGGUGGAGAGGGCGAUGCUGAGCGACCAAGCGGGGAGGACGCUUCCACCAGCAGUACCGAUCAGGGGGAGCCUCCGCAGACUUCUGACAGUGCCCGGGGAAGAGACCCCAAUGAGCCGGAGGAGCGCUAUGGCAAGGGGCCGUACCCCAACCCAUACCCCAUUCUGCCUCGCGAGCUGCAGCAGUGGCAGAAGCCAAAGCGCGAUGUCCUUCCUGGGUACGAGAUACACUACCAUGAAGACGGGCGGCGCUUCACGGAGGAGGAAGAAGAGGAGUUUGAGCUGCAGCGGAAGCUGGGCGUGGUGGACGCAGCGUACGAAGAAUACGACCGCGAGUGCGCAGAGGCGUUUGCGCGGGGGGACUUUGCGCCCAUCCCGCCCCCCCGGCUGAUGCGGCUGCCGGCCAAGGUGUCAAACUUGAUACAGACUGCCCGGGACGGCAUGACGUACAUGGUGCCAGACGCCAACGUUUAUGACCCGGGGAUCAGCCUGGAGGACGCGCUGGCCAACAUGCGCGCAGCGGUGGGCUACGACGACUACCACCAGCAGGGCAUCGUCACCGUCACAGGGACGCAGGAGCUGUUCAAGAUGGAGGGGCAGUACACGUGGCUGUUUGAGGUGCGCACGGGGCGCUUCUUUGAGCAGUGGAAGAGCCCCCAGCUGUCGACCAGCCUGGGCUGGAAUGGCAACCAGAACGCCUCUGUGUGGGACGCCAACAUGCAGGGCAAAGUACGCCUGCUCGAUCUGGACGACCUUGAGGUGGUGCAUCUGGCGCAUUGGGUGCGCAGCGGGUACUACUUGAACCGAAGCCUGGAGGCCAAGCGGGUCAUGACCUUGUCCAUCCCCAACUACCAGCCCGAGCCGGGCGAGUUCCUGCUCCGCAUCCGCAUGACCAAAAAAAUGAUCAAGGGCACCAUCGUGUUUGACCGCGAGACGUGGCUGCCCAAGCGGCUAACCAUGAAGGUGUUUGGCACCUGCGAGGAGCGGUGGGAGUUCAACGACUGGCGCAGGAUGAAGCCGGGCCUGGCGUGCCUGCACCCGGUGGAGGUGAUCAAGGAGCACGUGGGCAGCGCGGGACGCACCGUGCUGCGAGUGGAGACGUUUGAGACGCGGCCGCCGCUGACCCAGGCGGAGGAGAACGAGGAGCUGCCGUUCGACGUGCCCAUCAUCCCGUACCAGGUGGCCUCCCCCGAAGACCCUGCGCCGCGCCAGUCCGUCAAGUGGGUCGGCGACGACAUCGUCGACGUCCAGAUGAUCCGAACUGAGAGUGGACACAACCUGGUGCGGCCGCUGGUCGACGGCCAGGACAUUGGGCUGUACGUGGUGGAUACGGGCGCCAGCAUCAUGACCAUCACCAAGGAGCACGCGACCCGGUUGGGCAUGGAGCAAUUUGGGGAGAUCAACGUCGUGACAGCUACCGGCGAGUUCCCGGCCCCCUUCCGGCGCGGCCGCACGUGGCAGCUGGGCCCGGUGGUGAUCAGCGAUCCGCUGUUCAUGGAGGUGGACCACCUGGCGGAGCUGGUCACCGGCUACGACCCCGCGCUCGGGCCCGUCGUGGGCGCCGUCGGCCACGACCUCUUCUUCAGCGCCACCGUCCACAUGCGGCUGACCGAGGCCGGCACGGACGACGCGGGCAUCCGGCUGCAGCGGCCCGAGAAGUACGAGGCGCUCCCCGACGACGCCAGCCUCAUGCAGCGCGUCCAGAUGAUCGGCGGCUGCCCCGUGGCGCGCGGCACGUUCGGGCGGUACACCGACCUGUUCCUGGUGGACACCGGCGCGGGCGGAGUGGACCUCAUCUUCAACAAGCGGGGGGUGGCCAAGUACGACCUGCUAAACGCGCGGCGGCGGCGCGGCAACAUGCGCAUCAAGGGGGUCUCGCCAUUCCCGGGCCAGGAGCAGAGCGCAGUUAGGUUAUUCUCAGCUGAGAUCCCCUUCGUUCUGGGGGGGUACACUUUCAAGCAGCCCAAGCAGGCGCUGCUGUGCAUCGAGGAGAACAUGUUCGACAUCUCCGAGUACGUCGUGGGCGUCAUCUGCGGAGAACUGCUCGAGGGGAGCCGCAUCAUCUUCGAUUACCCGCGGCUGCGGUGGGCGAUCAUCCGGGAUCCCAUCCCGGGUGAGGAGAAAGCUCCUUAUGACUACGAGUUUGUGACCGAGUGGGAAAGCUUGUUUGGCCACAACGAGGAGUUGGCCCAACCGGUGGGUUUUGAGCUCAACAAUAAUCCUGUAAAUUCUUGACAUAUAGCCCAAUCAUUCGGGAAGCAUCAUUUCUGCUCGUCUAAGAAAAUUGAGCCUGCCAUUUGCUGUGCAUUCUCUAAUCCCUUUGCACCUUCUAGAGUGAACAAUAAUGCAUGUCAAUCGCUGGGGCAGCUAAAAGAACGUGACCUUCAAAUUGUUGGUGCCAUGGAUCGUGUUCGAUGUACAAACUUGUGACUUGCAGUCUCAGAGCGCAUAG